GGUGUGUGUGUGAGCAUGUGUGUACACCUGUGUGUGCACCUGUCUCUGGCCAGGCAGGCCCCCCUGAAGCCACAGCCUCAUUUUCCACCAGCCCCUCCUUGGGGACAGUGUGAAACCCCCCCAGGGCACAGGCCUUGGGGUCACCCAGCCUGCUCCCUACAGGCCACCCUGCACCCCUACCUCCUGCUGCGCCUCCUACUGACUCUGCUCUCCCUGCGGCCCGUCCUCCCCCAGGAGUGCACCAAGUACAAAGUGAGCACCUGCAGAGACUGUGUGGAGUCAGGGCCAGGCUGUGCCUGGUGUCAGCAGCUGAACUUCACGGGGCGCGGGGAGCCCGACUCAGUGCGCUGCGACUCGCGGGUUCAGCUGCUGCUCAAAGGCUGCCCUGCUGACGACAUCGUGGACCCCAGGAGCCAGGCUGACAGCCGCCGGGACCCAGGAGGCCGGGAACAGCUGUCCCCCCGGCAUGUGACUCUGUCCCUGCGGCCGGGCCAGGCGGCCGUCUUCAACGUGACAUUCCGGCGGGCCAAGGGCUACCCCAUCGACCUGUACUAUCUCAUGGACCUGUCCUACUCCAUGCUGGACGACCUCAGGAACGUGCAGAAGCUGGGCGGGGACCUGCUGCGGGCACUCAACGGCAUCACAGAGUCGGGGCGCGUGGGCUUUGGGUCCUUUGUGGACAAAACGGUGCUCCCGUUUGUGAACACACACCCCGAGAAGCUGCGGAACCCGUGCCCCAAGCGGGAGGAGCGCUGCCAGCCGCCCUUCUCCUUCCGCCACGUGCUCAGCCUCACCAGCAACUCGGAGCAGUUCCGCACAGAGGUGGGCAAGCAGAGCAUCUCAGGCAACCUGGACGCACCCGAGGGCGGGCUGGACGCCAUCAUGCAGGUGGCCGCCUGCCCGGACGAGAUUGGCUGGCGCAACGUCACGCGGCUGCUGGUCUUUGCCACGGACGAUGGCUUCCACUUUGCGGGAGACGGGAAACUGGGCGCCAUCCUCACGCCCAACGACGGGCACUGUCACCUGGAGGGCGGCGUGUACAAACGGAGCAAUGAGUUUGACUACCCCUCGGUGGGCCAGCUGGCGCACAAGCUGGCCGAAAGCAACAUCCAGCCCAUCUUCGCCGUGACCAAGAAGAUGGUGAAGACCUACGAGAAACUCACGGAGAUCAUCCCCAAGUCGGAGGUGGGCGAGCUGUCUGAGGACUCCAGCAACGUGGUCCAGCUCAUCAAGAACGCCUACAACAAGCUCUCCUCCAGGGUCUUCCUGGACCACAGCGGUCUCCCCAGCACCCUGAAGGUCUCCUACGACUCCUUCUGCAGCAAGGGGGAGCCCAAGCUGGACCAGCCCCGCGGCGACUGUGACGGCGUCCAGAUCAACGUCCCGGUCACGUUCCAGGUGAAGGUGACGGCCAGCGAGUGUGUCCAGGAGCAGUCCUUCACCAUCCGGGCGCUGGGCUUCACGGACACGGUGACGGUGCGGGUGUCGCCUCUGUGCGAGUGCCAGUGUGGCCGGGAGCAGCGGGGCCAGGGCCUGUGCAGCGGCAAGGGCGCCAUGGAGUGCGGUGUCUGCAGGUGCGACGCGGGCUACAUCGGCAAGGCGUGCGAGUGCGGGACGCAGGGCCGCAGCAGCCAGGACCUGGAGGGCAGCUGCCGCCGCGACAACAACUCGGUGGUGUGCUCGGGGCUGGGCGACUGCGUGUGCGGACAGUGCGUGUGCCACGCCAGCGACGUGCCCAGCCGCCAGAUCUACGGCCGCUACUGCGAGUGCGACAACUUCAACUGCGAGCGCUUCGACGGCCGCGUCUGCGGGGGCGAGGAGCGCGGGCUGUGCUACUGCGGCCAGUGCAAGUGCCGGCCGGGGUUCGAGGGCUCGGCCUGCCAGUGCGCCACGUCCACGGCCGGCUGCCUGACGCGCCAGGGCUCCGAGUGCAGCGGGCGCGGCCGGUGUCGCUGCAGCGCCUGCCAGUGUGAGCGCGGCUACCAGCCGCCGCUGUGCGAGGACUGUCCGGGCUGCCCGUCGCCCUGCGGCCCCUACGCCCUCUGUGCCGAGUGCCUCCGCUUCCAGAAGGGUCCCUUCGCCCAGAACUGCUCUCAGGCGUGCGGGGGGCUGCAGCUGCAGCUCAGUGCUCGGACCCAGGGCCGCAGGUGCAAGGAGCAGGACUCAGAGGGAUGCUGGAUGACAUACUGGCUACAACAGCGCAAUGGCUGGGACCGCUACUCCCUGCACGUGGACGGAGACAGGGAGUGCGUGGAGGGCCCCAACGUGGGCGCCAUCGUGGGGGGCACCGUGGCGGGCGUGGUCCUCAUCGGGGUCCUGUUGCUGGCCACCUGGAAGGCGCUCACGCACCUGAGUGACCUGCGGGAGUACCGGCGGUUUGAGAAGGAGAAGCUGAGGUCUCAGUGGAACAACGACAAUCCCCUCUUCAAGAGCGCCACCACGACCGUCAUGAACCCCAAGUUUGCUGAGGGCUAGGCUGCGGGAGGCCCCGAGUCACAGCCCACGGGGAGCGCCCCAGACCCGGCUCCAGACACCCGCCCACUCCCCACAGCGACGGGCCACGGCGGACUGUGCCCCACCACGUGGCCGCUGUUCUGUUCCCAGGACCACGGUGCCCACUGCUGCGUCCCUCCCGAUGGCCUAGAGCUGUGGCCGGUCCCCAAAUGUCCACAAAGAGAAUAAACGGCUCUGCGGGUCCACCCACUGUG